AUUCGUUAAAAGUUAAAACAAACCCACCACUUGAAGAAAAAAUAAAUUCGAACGUUACAUAUCGAUCAAUCGAAAAUGAUUACCGUUGCAAUCCCAAAUUCGCCUGUAUUCUCACCAUCGCCGAGAGUUUCUUCUUCUGUUUACUGUAAAUCAUCGCCGGAAUCUUUGUCUUUGACCCAUUCCCCAUCUAUUUCUUUCUCUUCUCCGUCGUUCAAGUGUCGUUAUCAAAAGCCACUCCCGCCGGCAUGUGGGCUUGUUAGGGAUUCCAGUGAAGGCGGACCCACACAACCCACGUUUUGUUCUACUUCUCCUACGCUUUCAAAGAGGAAAAGACCCGCUAAAUUAGCUAUUCCGGUUGCCACUUUAAGUUUUUCCGAUCGUGUUACGCCGCCGUUGGAGGCGGUGGAGGAUGGGUGGGAGGAGGUGGAGGUUGACGGAGAUGGGUAUUCGGUUUAUUGUAAGAAAGGGAAGCGAGACGCCAUGGAAGAUCGGUUCAAAGCUGUAGUUGAGUUAAAUGGACAACAUAAACAGGCAUUCUUUGGUGUUUUCGAUGGCCAUGGUGGAUCAAAAGCUGCUGAAUUUGCAGCAGAAAAUCUUGAUAAAAACAUCUUAAACGAAGUAGAAAAAAUGGGUGAAACCGAAAUAAUAGAAGCAAUCAAACAAGGUUACAUGAACACAGAUUCGCAAUUUCUAAAACAAGAUCACCGCGGUGGAUCUUGCUGCGUUACCGCCAUUAUCAGAGACAGCAACCUUGUGGUAUCAAACGCCGGCGACUGCCGCGCAGUGCUGAGCAGCGGUGGAUUUGCCACACCCCUCACCUCCGAUCACCGACCCUCAAGACCAGACGAAAAGCUCAGAAUUGAAUCACUCGGUGGGUAUGUUGAUUGUGACCAUGGUGCUCCAAGAGUUCUCGGAUCACUAGCGGUUUCAAGAGGGAUCGGGGAUCGAAGCCUGAAACAAUGGAUAACGGCUGAACCCGAAUCAGAAAUCUUCAAAAUUGUGCCUGAAUUUGAGUUCUUGAUCAUGGCUUCUGAUGGAUUAUGGGACAAAGUGAGCAAUCAGGAAGCAGUUGAUUUAGUUCGGCCUUUCUGUGUAAGUAAUGAUAAGUUAGAACGAGUAUUGGCUUGCAAGAAACUGGUCGAACUUUCGGCGUCUCGAGGAUCCAUUGACGAUGCGAGUGUGAUGAUAAUUCACUUGGGCCGGUUUUGUUGAUGACUUUUCUAUGAAGAUGAUCAACGAAACUAUAAAUUAAUUGAUUAGCUUUUAGAUCUCUUUUAACGAGAUUCAGUUCAUAUUUAAAUAACAGAAUUCGUUCAUUCUUUUUAUAGCUUUGUUCUUAUAUAACUCGUUCGUGGCCUCGUGGGUUUUAAUAAGGG